CUGCUGUAGCUGCGAGCUUCUUUCUCUGUUUGGCAGCGGAUUUUAGAGAGAGAGAGAGAGAGAGAGAGGGUGCGAAAGCUCCGGCCAGCUAAAAAUCGGACUGACCCAGUUCCCCUCAUCACCGGCGAUAUAGCCGUUAAUUUUCCCCGACGCUAGAAAGAUAUCCGGUGAGGAAACUUCGCGAGUUAGUAGAGGAAACGAAGAGAGAGAUAGAGAUAGAGAACCCGAAGCUUCUUCCUCUUUUUCUGGCCCAUAUCAGGCAACCGACUAGGCCGCAGAUAUCUCUUCCAUACCACCACGACAUCCUUCACCGACGAUUUUACCUGAGACCACACGAAAGAGACGAUCGGAGCACCUCAUUCCGCGUCUCCCCUUCCGCGAUCCGCCCAAACCAGAAAUCCGUCAAGCACGUGAUAGCCACCGUUAAACUAACCAGCAAGAGAACUAGCACCAGCUAUCCUCCAUCGACUUUCCGGUGCGUAAUCGGCGACGAUUCGUCGGAUCUCUGUUGACGGCAGAAGUGAGGCAGCAACUUCACAACGUUUUGUUCAUUUUUUUCCUGGCAAUUAAACUUAGAAAUUUUUCAGUAGCGAUCUUGAACCUGGCAGUGGAGGCCUUUUUUAGAUUGUAAUAAAAAGGCACCUGCGAAUUACUUGACUGGCAAGAAGCAGAGGGCGGAGUAGUAGAAGUUUCUAUUCUUUUCUUUAACUUCUGGAAGAUAGGUAUCUCCUGGAUUCUGCUGUAUUCUUCUAAAUAUUUGACUAUCACAGCCUCUGUCCUCUAAAUACCUUCCCUGCCUUUCAAGUUUCCUUUCUAUUCUGCCCUUGGUCUUGGAUUCUCCAUUUCCUCAUCUUUGCUAGGGAGACUAAUACUUGUAUUUAAGCCCCCUAGAGAGAUCUAUAAUCCAUUGGGUUAGUUGUGCUUAACAUGCUUUUAUAAAUUGACAAUCUGGUGAAGGGUGGAAGAUGGAUGUUUAUUCUGAGGAGGAAAAAACAGAGGAUUACCUUUUCAAAAUUGUCUUAAUUGGGGAUUCAGCUGUGGGAAAAUCCAAUUUGCUUGCAAGAUUUGCUAGGGAUGAAUUCUAUCCUAACUCAAAGUCGACUAUUGGAGUAGAGUUCCAAACCCAAAAGAUGAAUAUUAAUGGGAAGGAAGUUAAAGCACAGAUCUGGGAUACAGCAGGACAGGAACGCUUCAGGGCAGUUACAUCUGCAUAUUACAGAGGUGCAGUGGGAGCUCUCCUGGUCUAUGACAUAAGUAGGCGCCAGACAUUUGAUAGUGUUGGCAAGUGGCUUAAUGAGCUUCACACUCACUCUGACAUGAAUGUAGUAACUAUACUUAUUGGCAACAAAACUGAUCUGAAGGAUGCCAGAGAGGUAUCCACAGAUGAAGGCAAGGACUUGGCAGAGGCACAGGGUUUGUUUUUCAUGGAAACUUCAGCUCUUGAUUCCUCCAAUGUAACUGCUGCAUUUCAGACAGUUGUUAGAGAGAUUUACAAUAUAUUAAGCCGGAAGGUUAUGUCUAAUGAAUUUAAACAAGAUGCUCGCUCGAUGGGAAAUGGGAAGACUGUGGUUUUGCAAGGAGAUGAUCCAAACCUAGAAGGUAAUAAUCCAGACCCUAAAAAUGGAGGAGGAUGUUGUUAGUCUUAAAGCCACAGGACUGUGAAUUUCACUCUCAUGUUACCCAUGUUUCUUCUUCUCCAUUGGUUCAUUUUCUUGAUUUGUCUAAAUGUUUAAUUAGUAGCAUGCCUGACUCGUUCUGAGUUCAUGAUGGCUGAAGGAGAUAAAUUGAAGGAGUAGCACGUUUAACUGACUGGAUGGGGAUUUAAAAUUAGUACACGGUGACAUGGGGUUAAGAUUAAUCAUCCUGUAUCAUUUCGUGGAAAGCCAUAUGUUUUCUGAACUCAUCUUUGGUAAACUUUACGGGUGACCGUAUGUUACUGUUAAAAGGCAUUGUCUUUUUCCUUUUGUAGAUCUUCGUUUUGCAAAUUGUGUAGUUAAUGGAAGUAAUUUCCUUUGUUUUUUUUAAA